CCAGCGCCGCGGCUGAUGUUACUGCUACACGCGGCAUUCCUCGCUUCACCGGCAAAGCAGCUGCAUCACCAGAUCCCCUCACACCACCCGGCCUUAUCCAGGACGGGGAGCAGCACCUUUCCCUGCGCAGGGCUGAGGGCACUCAACAGACUGCAAGUAAUAUUACAGCAUUUGAAAAUGUCUAAGCAGACAGAUUCGGCAGCAGAAGUGUUGUUGGAAAAGAAAGGAGCUGCAGGAAUAAUAACUUUGAAUAGACCCAAGGCUCUCAAUGCACUAAAUCUGUCUAUGAUCCAACAAAUUUACCCUCAAAUAAAGAUGUGGGAGCAAGAUCCUGAAACUUUUCUAAUAAUUAUAAAGGGAACUGGAGGAAAAGCUUUUUGUGCUGGAGGUGACAUCCGAGCCAUCACAGAAGCGGGGAAAGUUGGAGAUAAACUGUUACAAGAUUUCUUCAGAGGAGAAUAUAGGCUGAACAAUGCCAUUGGCACCUGCAAGAAGCCGUAUGUGGCACUUAUCGAUGGCAUCACAAUGGGAGGGGGAGUUGGUGUCUCAGUCCAUGGCCAUUUUCGAGUUGCUACAGAAAAGACUGUUUUUGCCAUGCCAGAAACAGCAAUAGGCCUUUUCCCCGAUGUAGGUGGAGGGUAUUUCUUGCCAAGGCUCUCAGGAAAGCUUGGCUAUUACCUCGCGCUGACAGGAUGCAGGCUGAAGGGAAGGGACGUGCUCAGAGUUGGCAUCGCUACGCAUUUUGUAGAAUCUGAGAAGCUACCUGCCUUGGAGAAAGACCUGAUAGCACUGAAAUCUCCUUCAAAAGAAAAAAUUGCAGAUUUAUUGAACUCUUAUCACAUGAAGUGCACAAUUGAUCAAGAAAAGGAGUUUGCUCUUCAAGAACAUAUGGAGAAGAUUAACAGUCUUUUUUCAGCAAAUAGUAUGGAAGAAAUUGUUAAAAAGUUAAAGCAAGAUGGUUCUCCUUUUGCCAUGAAGCAGCUAGAGACUAUUAAUAAGAUGUCACCUACAUCUUUAAAGCUGACUCUCAGACAGCUCAGAGAAGGAGCUUCCAUGAGCUUACAGGAGGUACUCCGGAUGGAAUACAGACUGAGCCAAGCAUGCAUGAAAGGCCAUGACUUCUACGAAGGGGUUCGAGCAGUGCUGAUUGACAAAGACCAGUCCCCCAAAUGGAAGCCAGCUGCUCUAGAAGAAGUCAGCGAUGAAUUUGUGGAUGAUUGUUUUAAACCACUGGGAAAUGAUGAUCUCAAGCUGUAAAGAUCAAACCUAUUGACAUCUCCUUAGUUCUAUGAUAAAUUAACUGCAGUGUGAUGAAUUUGGACAAGACUUUUUUAACUAGCCUGAGAUUCACAAGUUUUUUUUGUUUUGUUUUGUUUCUUUUUUUUUUUUUUUUUUCAUUCAGGAACAUUCUCUGUAAUGAGAAAAUAAUUGUAUCUCUGAUUAAUAAUGGGAAAAAUCACUUUAAGGCAAAUUGUUAUUUUUACUGCUUUACGCAAUUAUUAACAUUUAAUUUUUUGCAUCAACUCUUAGUUCAGGAGGAGCCCUUAGGGAAAAGAGCACAGUUUAAGGGGUGACCUAAUAAGCAAAAAGUCAAGAGACCUUUUGUGUUACUGGCUUUGUCGCUGAUCUGGUAAAUUGGGAUUGUGCCACAGAUUCUUCUGUGUACAAUGAAAAUAAAGUAUGGUUAAACCUUUAAUGCAGUCAGAGCUGCCAAGGAAAAUGCAAGACAAAAUCCAUGGUGUUAAAUAUCCUUUUAAAUAAAAGCUCAGACUUUGAUACAUUAUUAGUCUGAGAACAAAGAAUUGUUCUAUUGAUUAAACGUUUGACAUUUUUCA